UACUAGAGUCCAAUGAGCAAUGCCUCAGCUCACCCCCUGAUGUCCUGAGAGACCCAGUCUUGGAGCCAAGUGGUGAUGCAAUCUCCAGGGCCAUCCCAGCAGUCUUCGUGGAACCAGAUGUUUUGAGGAGGCAGCAAGCAGGGUUGAGGAAGAGUCCUUCCAGGAUAUCAGGCACAAGUGAAGGAGAGGUUAGAAGUGCUGCUUCUCCUUUAGCAGAAAAAGCACUUAGACUGGUGAUGCUAAGAAAUGAAAACUGGCUUCUGAGAGUGUCUGAAGGAUCAGAGUGUGCUGAGGUAUCUCUGGAACCAUGGAAAGACCUAUGGUGAGACUGGCUUUAGCUGGAGAGAGGAGAUUACUUACAAGGGAUCCCACUAUGGCUGAAAGAUACUGAGAAGAAUAUUUCAUCGUUUCCAAUGAAGUUGGAAAUCCAGCUUGAAGUUUUCUUUAGCAUGCAGUACUGUACUCUUGUGAUGUCCAAGUAUUUCUUGGCUAAAAUUAAAUUGGUGUCUCAUAGGCCCUUACUGGAUUUCAGUAGAGUUUUUUAGUCUUCUCUGAGCAGAUCUUCUUUUAAACCGGGGGCUGGGGAUUUAUAUAAUUAUGCUGCUAUUAGUAUUAUGGUAGUUACAGUAAGAACAAUCUGUUCGAGAGGAGGGUUUUAUAAUGGACUCUGAAGGUGUUUGGAUGCUGGUCUAUUCUGCUGACUUCUGAAAGAUCAGUCUUGAGCCAAAAUCUUGUCAACAAAGACCACUUUAUCUACAGGUCCCGUGUGCUCUGUAUGGAGGGUUAAGAACUGCUUUGUCCCAGAGUGUACAGCUAUCUCUAUGUGGCUGGAGAUGUGGCAUCUAAAAUAAGUAAGGCUUAGCCCACCAAAGAGCAGGACAAGACACGUGAGAACAGUUGAAGCAGUGAAAGCCCAUGGAAAGUGUGGAGUCCAAAGGUUACUGUGCUUCCAGGAGUUGAAGGAGGUGAGCAGCCACAGUACUUCAAAACCUGGAGGCUUUGUACUGUGUCCAUCUUAAUUUCUGUAUGCAGCAGAUUUUAGCUACUGUCACGGAAGCACUUUGGUUCCUACAAGAGUGCAUAGAAGACACCUGUUUUCUUUUUGACUACAGAUGCUACUGGUCAGCUGAGGCCUAGCAAGACCUUGCACACAGUCUGGAGGCUUGUGGUUGAUCUGAUGUACAUCAUGUGUCUGCCUUCACCAAGAAGGGGAAGGCAAUGCCUUUGUUUCUCAGCUGUGCUCUUACCCUUCCCUGGCCAGCCUCACCUUAGCCUUGUGUAGAUUCACCCUUCAGCUGUCCGGAGCUUUUUUUCUGCAUCCAGUUUUCUUCCUGGCUUGAUGACACCCAUUAAUGGUGUGUGAAUGGCAGCUCUGGAAGUCAAAUGGAUGCUGUGGUGGCACCCUGUUGAGAGUGGUCACCUUAUAUCUCUGCUUACAUCCCUGUUGGAAGGGAGGGAAGAUGCUUAGGACGGAGCCUCACUCUCCCUUAGCCUGACCUUACUUACUGGAUGGCUAGCUCCAGCUGGUUGUGCUGGCAGCAGCUCAUUUGGCACCUUGUGGUCAGUUGUCUCAAAUCUGCAAAGGAAACGCAUAGCAUGAGGUAUUGCUGUUUUGCAUUAGCGCUGUGGGCAGCAGCUCUUGAUGCAAGGUCAUGGAAGAAUAUCGUAUUCUAUCCUUGAAACAUGAACGGAAGCAGAUAUGGACCUUCUUGCAUUCAAACCACCUUGUACUGUGACUCUGCCAGAAAUUCCUGCUGACAUCAUCCUAGCUUGCAGUCCCUGAAAACACCAUGGCAUCCUUCACGUGAGAGAAGUGCUGAGCCCUAGCUACAGUCUGGUACAUCCUGCUUCUCUCCACUUUCCCUGCUAUCCAGCUUUGUAGAUAAUCUUCUCUUCUUAUACUUAAGCAAAGCACAGUCCUGCUGUCCCUGAGCUAGUCACACUUUAGCUGUAGACAAAUAGUAGGUUUUAUAGUUUCUCCUUACUACUUUGGGUGUUUAAAGGACAAAAGUAAUGAGGUUUUAGAGUGUUUUGAGGUAUUAUGACCCCAAUGCAUGUUGUGAUUCCUGUGCCCUGUGGAUGGCAGGUAGACCUAGUACUUCAAAAGUGUGGAGCCUGUUCGUUUGUGUCUAAGCUGGAGCAGACAGAGAGUUAGGGCCUCAGUGUGGAGUGGGGGAUGGAAGUCAUGCUGAGUUUUAAUCUGCCAUGUGAAAGCGAUUCUAAUUUGAAUUGUUGUUUUGUGUUGAAGUGUCUGAGUGAUGGGCAAAUAUGUUACUGCAUGGGUGUUAUGGGAUAACUUUAGACAGAGGAGAUGAGCUUCUCUGUAUCGGGAAAAACAGAAGCUUCUACUCUGACUUGUCUUUCACAGCAGCUUUUCUCCUGUAACCAUGGGAGAGGUCUAGGGAGUCAGCAGUCCUGGGCCCUAACAAGAUGGAGUGUGGGGUAUCAUGCAUUCAGUGGCCUGUUGCAUGGCCUCUUGCCAGUGUCCUCCAGGAGAGAACAUUAGGACUGGUGAACUGCCAGCUCUUAGUGGUACAUAUCUUUUUCUCUGGCUCCUUGAAAAAUCAGGAUAUGAUUUCAGGGUGGUAUAAAUCAACUGGUCACUUGAUAUAAUGGCAAAGUAAAACGGUAACAGGUGCCUGAGGAUAACUCAUGCAUACCACUUCUAGCUUUCCUCUUUCACUGAAAGCCCUUCCUCUGCAUGGUAGAGGCAUAACUUCAAGCAAGAAAAUAUCAAAGGGAUCCCUUACAAAAAGAAGCUUUCAGCCUGUCUUGCUGAGACUGAACGUUGCUGAAGCGGUUUAUAACUGCGUGUUCCCUAAAGAGCUUUGUCUUAAUGGAGCUGACUGGCCAUACUCCUGGCUUUUUCUUUUACUUGAGCAUUAAAGCUCUUCUUACUGUUGUUUUUAACCUGACAGCAACUUGAUCACUCUCCCUGAGAUCAAGUUGGCUUUUUUUUUUUCCCCCCCCUCCUCACUCAAAAUUGUCAGAAGGGAAAUAUCUCUUCUUGCUGUUUUCUGUGUUCCUGGUAACUGAUGGCUGCUUUGUGACAGAGCGGCUGGACUCUUUUAUGACAAGCUGAGAUGUCUCCCUGACUGGUACCUCCUUUCUCAUUUCCGCCACACGUACGUGUACUGGACGGAGAAGGUGGGUAAUAACAUCUGCCUCCCCUGCUGGCCUUUGUCUCCAGCUAGCUACCACUCAAAGACACAUCUGUCACUGCAGCGCUGAUCAGAGGAUAUGGGAAGGGAUAUGUGACUGAUGGUUUUUAGCAUCUCAGCCCACCCAAGGGUGCACGAGCUCUUGCCACUCCCCAGCGGAGGAAUCCCUGGCAUGUGAGGAUGGAGGUGGGUUCUCAGAGACGAGGUUUUGAAGAGGACGCAGCUUGCUGCUUUGCUUCCCUCCUUGUAGGAGGGAAUACGAAAUGGGUUCGUGUUCCUACUCCCUGACAAAGGCAGCGCGGCAGUGAAAAUUGCCUCCUGGGACAUGUCAGCAGCGAAACAGCAGAGGGUACUGCAGGGCCAGCUGGCUUUGGCAGAGCUGCAGGGGAGGGGAGGGCUGUGCACGCCAGCCCGGUAACAGGGAGGCAGCGCAGCCCUGCAUGGGCAGAGUUUUGCCAGUCGGUGAAGAGCUGCAGAGCCGUGUCCCGAGCCUGACAGGUACUGAUGUAUGCAAAUGUCAAGUGGGAAAAAUAUGCUUUGCUUCCUAAAACCACGUGUCCUGCUAUGUUGACAUGGCAUACCAUAUCCCAGAUAAUGAAGCAGUUUGUUGAAUGUCGACAGUUACAACCUUUUGUCUGGGAAUUUACUGUGGCAUGAGGAGCAUCACAGCCAUCUGGGAAGAGGAUGGAGGUGUGCCUUGUGUGACUCCUUCAGCACCUGCCCUCUGUCCUGGGCUGCCUGUGCAUUUGUGUUCUGCAGGAAAUGGGGUGAAACCAGCGUUACCUGGCAGCCAUUGGGAUUGCCUUACUGGAGCAAGCCAGCUGUUCAUCUCACCCAGGUUUUGGUAUCCGAGAGAGUGACCUGAUGUCUGGAGGUAAUGCCUUGGAGAAAAUGCAGGACACCUGACUGGAGAAAGUUGUACUAAUUUACUAGCGAGGGACAUUUUCUCCUGACGGCCAGUCACUGCUAAUUUAGUGUUUUCAAGCUUCCUUGUGCCUUUCCCUUCCCCACACUUCAAGACAGAGCAAAAACUGGUGACACGCAAGGAAAAGGCACUGGAUACUCCUCUACCUUGCAGGUGAUCUCGCUACUCCACCAAGCCAUUAACAGAGCCUUAAGGAAAAAAGAAAAAUUAAUAUCCUGGACACAAUGAGAUGCUCUUGGGGGUUUCUACAGCCCCUUGUUUUGACCCCAUGAAGAAAGCUGGACAGCAAGCCCCAAGAUGGUCCUUUAUGGUUUUGAACAGGAGAAGAUCCAGGCCCUUCGUGGCUGGGCGACCGCAGAGAUGACCUCCCACCAGCUGGUCGCUGGGGUCAGGCUGUGGAGCCAUGACAGGAUGAAGAUGAGACGCCAUAAGCUCUUUCUGACUCUCUGCAUGGCUGGUCUCUGCCUCAUCUCCUUCUUGCACUUCCUCAAGGCCCUUUCCUAUGUCACCUUCCCCCGGGAGCUGGCUUCGCUUAGUCCCAACCUUGUCUCCAGCUUCUUCUGGAACAAUGCCCCUGUCACACCUCAGGUCAGCCCUGAGCCAGGGGGUGCAGAGUUCCUCCGCACACCCUUGUAUUCCCACUCCCCCUUGCUCCAGCCCCUGCCUCCCAGCAGAGCCAGCGAAGAGCUGCACAAAGUUGAGUUCGUGCUGCCGGAAGACACAACAGAGUAUUUUGUCCGUACCAAAGCCGGCGGCGUUUGCUUUAAACCAGGCACCAAGGUGUUGGAGAAGCCACCCGCGGGAGGGCGGGCGGAGGAGCGGGCGGAUGGCGCGGCCUCGGGGCGGCCAGCUCGCAAGCCGCUGAGUGCCAGCGGGACCAAGCGACGCAAGUGGGUGGAGUGCGUGUGCUUGCCGGGCUGGCACGGCCCCAGCUGCGGGGUCCCCACGGUGGUCCAGUACUCCAACCUGCCCACCAAGGACCGCCUGGUGCCGCGGGAGAUCCCCCGGCGGGUCAUCAACGCCAUCAACGUCAACCAUGAGUUUGACCUGCUGGACGUCCGUUUCCACGAGCUGGGAGACGUGGUGGACGCCUUCGUGGUGUGCGAGUCGAACUUCACAGCCUAUGGAGAGCCACGGCCCCUCAAGUUCCGCGAGAUGCUCCUCAAUGGCUCCUUCGACUACAUCCGUCACAAGCUGCUCUACGUCUUCCUGGACCACUUCCCCCCCGGCGGCCGCCAGGAUGGCUGGAUUGCUGACGAUUACCUGCGCACCUUUCUCACCCGAGAUGGCAUCUCUCGCCUCCGCAACUUGCGCCCGGAUGACGUCUUCAUCAUCGAUGACGCUGAUGAGAUCCCGGCCCGCGACGGCGUGCUCUUCCUCAAGCUCUACGAUGGUUGGACGGAGCCCUUCGCCUUUCACAUGCGCAAGUCGCUCUACGGCUUCUUCUGGAAGCAACCAGGCACCUUGGAGGUGGUCUCAGGCUGCACCAUGGGGAUGCUUCAGGCUGUCUAUGCUACUGAUGGGAUCCGUCUGCGGCGCCGUGAGUACUACACCAUGCCUGGCUUUCGGCAGUACGAGAACAGCACAGGACACAUCCUGGUGCAGUGGUCACUGGGCAGUCCCCUCCACUUUGCUGGCUGGCACUGCUCCUGGUGUUUCACCCCAGAGGGGAUCUACUUCAAACUGGUGUCGGCCCAGAACGGGGACUUCCCCCGCUGGGGUGACUAUGAGGAUAAACGAGACCUCAAUUAUAUCCGGGAGCUGAUCCGGACUGGUGGCUGGUUUGAUGGUACUACGCAGGAGUAUCCCCCUGCCGACCCCAAAGAGCAGAUGUACGCUCCCAAGUACCUGCUCAAGAACUACCAGCGGUUCCGCUACUUGUUGGAGAACCCCUACCGAAAAGCGGAGGGUGCUGGGUGAAGGCCACCAGGGCUUGCGUGGGAAAUCAGAGCUUCACAACAAAGGGAAAAAGUCGGGUGUUUUCUUCUGCUCCUUUUUUUGUUUUUUUUUUGUUCUGGGUGGGGUGUGCCAUUUCUCUGGGGUCUCUGUCCUCUCUCCCUUCCUUCUCUUCUUCCCUUCAUCCCCGGGUGACCCUGGGACACAAAUUCCUCAGUUGUGUGAUGGGCGGGAGGAGGAGAGAUAUUGGCGACCUACUGUGGCAGGAGCAUAAAGACAUUCCUGCAUCUCCCGGACCUCUCCUGCUGGCUGGACAGAAUCUCUGCAGCCAGCUGGCAGGUUUUCCCCUGGGGGAGGCUGGGAGGGUCCCAUGGGGAGAGGGCAGCUGUUCCUGUCCACCCUCGUCCUUUGUGGAUCGGAGCAAGCACAGAUGUGAGCCUGGGCUGUUCAGUGAACGUGUGAGUCAGCAGGCACAAACUGAUGCGAGUGGUCAUGUGUGCAGAUGUGUGUCACAGGCAUUUUUUGGAUGAGUGAAUGUGCGAAAGCGUCUCAGUAUGCGUUUAUUUUUUUGUAUACCUCUCUAUUCAAAGAGUAUUUUGGGGAAGGGAAAUCCUUUGCUUCCAAGGUGUUCUCCCCAAGAUGCAGCCUCCUCCCGCAGGCUUAAGGCAUCUGUCCUGGGCUCUGUCUUUGCCUGAUGCUCUACCAGACCCGGAGCAGGCAGAUGGGAAGCAGAGGAGAAAGAUGAUUUUUUUUUUUUUUAAUUUUAUUUUCUUUAAACUCCUUUUUCACCCCUACCCCCGCAACACUGCACUGGCUUGGCCCACAGAAGCUGAAACAUCUUCCCUGCAGUAUAUGCUUCUGUUGGGGCUGGGAUAAGCUGCAGGGGACUUAAUCAGAUGGUGGGAGUAUAUGUUUACAAGUGCAUGGUUUCCUAUGUGCAUGAGUGCUAACAUGCAUGGUUUUGGUAUGCACGUGGGCGUUCGUUACCAGUACUGGGGGGGAAGGGGACAUAUUUGGGUUUGGGUGUGUGUAUUUUCAGGAAAUGGUGGGAUCCAGAAGCUGUGAUCUCUGUCUUGGCAUGGAUGACUUCUCGGGAAAUUCAUAGGAGAGGGGCAGGGAGAGCAUUUGUUCUGCAUAGCAGUGCUACACAAGUGGGACUGUUGGGUGCCUCUCCAGCUGCCUCUCGUAACUCUGUGGGCUGUGCUUGUUGCAGGGUUGCUGCUUAUGUGUGCUGGCUAUUCCUUCUUGCCGUGGGGUAAAAAGGAGAGAAGGGCAAAGCUCUGAGUCAGCAACGGGUGUUGUGGGGAAACACAAAGCCUGUCAAAGCACAGGAUCCAGCUGUCUGCUCUUAAGGUGUGAGGGAGCUCAUGGAGAAACGGGCCAUGGGCAGACUUCCCCUGGGGUCAAGAGACUGUUUUGGGACAAUCAUGCAAUCCGGAGAACGUGUGCAGCCCACGCAUGCAGCCUGGGCCAUGCAGACAAGACCGUGCAGAGGAGAAGGGAUCUAGGAGGACGCUAGCUGCAGCUGAUGGGGCCAGUGUCUGCUCGGAGUUUGCCAGUGAUGGGUAGUUGGGAUCUGGCUGGUCGUUGUACUGGAUUGGUUCAGCUCACUGAGGAGGUAGAUCCACGUCUCCACCCUUCCCAACCUAAGAGAUGGCUUGAUGGGGAUGCCUGGAGCCUGGGCUGUAGCGGGCAGAGGGUGAAAAACAUGAGGAACUUCCCCUGUUAGCCUUGCGGUGGAAAGACUGGCUCGUGUUCCAAGCGAAGAAGUGAGGAUCAUAUAGAGGAGGAGGAAAAUGCUGUCACAAGGAAGAGUGACCCUGACAUCAGGCCAGCUGUGCUGAAGCAGGAAGGUUUCCAUUGCCAUUAACUCCAUCAAAGCUCCAUAUUCCUGUGUUGCCCAGCCCACUCCCACCCUUGUGCCUCAUUCCCAUCUCUGCUUCUCUCUCUUUUUCCCUCCUAUUCCCCUCUCUAGAGAAUUGAAAAACAUCAACAAAAAUAACUCGAUUGCCUAAUAAGACUGAGGCUGGAACAGAAUGAAGAUGAAUUUCUUUUUCUGGUCAAACUGAGAUGGAGUUAAUCCUAGCUUCUUCCACAUCUCAUGUGCCAUAAUACCUGCUUAGAAGAACCGAAGGACCCUCUUUUGCAUGCUGUUUUUAUUCGUUUUUAAAAUCACCGUUCUCACUUCUGUCUUCCCCACAGGUAGAAAAGCCCCUUUGGGAACUGAGUGUGGGGAGAAACUUUGGUAGGCAGAAUGGUCUUCCCUCAAAGGGAAGCUGUGGCUCUUCUAAGUCCAGACUUCUUGACACAGCAGGAGGGAGGCUUGUCACAGUCACGGGGUCCUUGUGCCAAGCAGCUGUGUGGAGGUCUUGAGCACAGAGGGAUUCUAGAGAAAUGGGGACCCAGCUGAGAAAGGAGGAGCCUGUGUUGAGUAAGAUGAGAGCAGCAGCACUGAGGCUGCAGCACAAGGGGAACAUGUUUUCCCCAGUGGCAGCUGUAGAAGAGUAGGUGUGUUACCUCAUGUGAUUUGGUAGCAGAAAAAUAUGGAAGGAAGAAGCUAUUUCUUAUUUUUACUUUUGGAAGGGAAUCCGAGAUCUACUCUCAGACCUUUUGCUCUGCCUUAUCUCAGUAACAACACAAGCCCAGUGCCAGGCCUUCCUCAAGACAGGAGAGAAAAAGAAAUCAGUCUUUGCAUGGGUGCUUCGGCAGCACCAGAACCCUGUGAAGCUAAAGUGCAUGCAUGUUGGGGCUGUACCAUGUUAUCUUCUACAGUGGGAGCAGCCUCUCCCCUGAUAGCAGCCCUUCCCAUGCACGGGCAUCCUUGGGGAUUUUUAGUGCACUGCAAGUCGCAUUUUCAUCACUGAGGUAUGGCCCUUGUCUCUUGAGAGUUUCAGAUGAGCUCACAGCUGCAAUAUCUGGAUCUCCUAUUCCUGAAGCACAGCUUGUUGCCUUUUCUCCCCUCUCCUCCAUUAUUUACUCCAUUUUCCAGCUCUCCCUCCCUUGGGCAGGAGGAGAAAGUCCUGCUGGCAUAGCAGCACUGGGGCUCUUUCGCAGGACUCUGGCCCUAUCCUCCUCCUGGACUUACUCACUUCCUUAUUCUUAGGAAAUUAAAUUUAAAACAGGCUUCUGUUGUGGUGGGAGGAAGGGAAUUUACAGAUAAAAUGCAUUCUUUUUUGUUUCUCUUUCAAGAAUCAUUUAAACAUUAUUUGAUUUAAGGCCAAACCAGUCAAUGUUUCUGUCUGAUUUGUCUGGCUAACCCUGUGUUUAUUAUCCUUAGAGAGUGAGAGCGCUUGUCGUUAAAAAUCUUCCUUCUUGUCCCUUGAGGGGGUGUGGACUAGCAAGCUGACUUUUGCACAGUGAUUUCCCAAGGUGGUGGCUUGGCCUCUGUCCAGCCUUGCCUGUACUGUUGUACCAGGACCUCUGUGGCCAGUGGAGAGAGGGGACAGCCACCAUCCCAGACAACCUCCCCAAGAGAGAACCCAAAAGCAUGGAGGGGUGUGGGGUGGUCAGAGAGGCAAAGGAAGAGGCAGGUUUGUGUCAGAUCCUGAUUUCCCAAUGCUGAACUCUGAGGCGAGCGAUGAGGCUCCUUGAUCUUGUCUGAAACAGGUCCUGAGGUUUGAGAAGGGAAGGACUGAAAAACACCGUCCUGCCCCUGGGCUGGGACUGGGAUCAGACCACCACAGCCCAGUGUUGGUUGUCGUAGUCACGAGCAGCGAAGCCACGAGCCCGCUGCUUCUCUGGGAGCAAAUCCCUCCGGUGGAGGGAAGGAAAGCAUCGCCACCCUUUCCCUUCAGCCCUCUUCAGCUCUGCUUUUUCUUCCCCAAAACCUUUUCACCUUCCAAUUGGUUGGUGUAAAGGAGGGCCAGGUAGUAGGUGGAGCAGUGUGUGGCAUCCGCAAGCCCUGCUUUUCUCCUGUCUGCCCAUCUCUGGUCUUGCCUUUCUUUGUGCUUCCCACCUAAAAGGAUUGUGUGUUCAUGCAUGGCUUUGGCCUGGGGAACUCAUCUUCCUCCUUUGCCCCAUGUGAAGGAAAGGAUACGGGCUUUGAAUCUGCAGCCAGUGAACUUGCUAAAGCAGAGAGAACAGGGCAGGUCAGCUGUCUUUGCCGCUCCGGAGGACCGCGGGUAAUGCUGUACCCAAGUGAUGGACAGAAAAGAUGGGGUGGUUUUGUGCCUGUGUGGUUGGUAUGAAGGAUGACACGCUCAAGUCCAAUCUCGCUGUUGCUUCCUCCGAUUCCUGCGUCCUGCUGAGGAGUUUGCUGUCGUGCAGCUCGGGCCAGCCUGCUCUUCAUGUGUCUGUGACAGGUAAAUGAGGGGACCCUGUGGCCUCCAGGCAGUGUACGAGUCAGGAUGGAGGGAGAGUGUCAUUGCAAAAUGGGUAUUUGUUCCCUUCCACCCCUCCCUUGGUGGAUCCUUGUGGGAUGGUAGUGUCUUUUCCCCUCCCAAACGUCCCCCAGGCUCUCCCUGUCUCUAGGCUCCUGCCAGCAAUCUCCGUGGCUGCUAUGCCUCUGCACUGUGAAGAAAUAUGUCCAGGGUCACUCCUGGUCCCAUUAGUGAACACUGGUGGUGAAGAGGGAAGGGAUGGCUUGUCCGGGCUUCACUGACCUCAGACCUUGGUGAGAAAGGAGGGGAGCGAGUGGGAGAAUGGAUCCUGAAUCCUUCCAUCGUUGUGUUCUCCCCCUCCCCCCGGCCCCGAAAAACCUCCCUUCUGAUUUCUGAGACAUUGGACAAACUUGCUCUUAUUAUGGAAAGAGAGGGGGAGCUGGAGGUAAGGGGGUGGCAGGCAGGGGCUUGGAUCCAGCACCGAGAAAGGAGAGCUGUUUCUAAUGCAAUACACUGACAUUUAAAGCUUUGGGGACUACAGAUAAUGGAUUAAGAAGGGAUCUGAAAUACUCUGAGACUAAGAAUUCAAACCACUGUUUUUUUCCUUCCUGUGUGGAUGAUGAUGCAGUAUCAUCCUGGAGGUGGUCCAGCAGCACUUCCGAGCCUGGGGUCCACCUGGACCUACUGGUGGUGUUGCCCCUGGGCUGAUCCCAGAAUACCCUGCUUUGGCAAAAGAAUGCGUGGACUUGCCUAAAAUAAAAGAGGGAAAAAAAAAAAAAAAAAAAGAGAGAAAAUAAGAGCGUCUGCAAAGCUCCUUUCCACUCUGUAAUUUAUAAACAGCAAGUAAUAAUGAACUUUUUGUAAGGAUAAAUCAAGUGUACAUUCUGAAAUCAUUUUCUCUGUAAAUGGUUGGAUUUCAUUUCACCCUUAAAGGGAUGCUUAAAAGGAUGAGAUAAUAAUAAAAAUAAAAAAAAUUUACAAAGUAUGAAAGGAAA